ACGUGGCCCUCGUUUCCGAUCAUUGAAAUAUGUGACAGGUCCUCCAACUGAGAUCAUCAUUGGUCAACGGAGUCCAUGAGUGUGUCGACUGCGAGACGAUCAACCAUCUCGGUCCUCUUGUCGUCGCCAGUGUGUGUGUCUCCUUCGUCCUCCAUCCUCGGCGAGGAUGAAGCUCGUUGACACGAUGACCUUCUUUCUCUUCUUUCUCUUGACGCUGUGCGUCACGUCAGCCGUGUCUGUGGAGGCUGGCGGGGCACCUACGUCUUCUCAGUACCUCAGGCAUGCCGGUGAUCUUCGAGAGCUGAUUAAGGCGGAGGGCGGGUCCGUUCGUAGCUGGGGUGGGGCUCUGGAGGAGUUUCCCAAUGCCUCCCUGGGAGCAGGUAUGGUGACGUUGGAGGCCGGCUUCAUGAUGUUGCCCGAAUACUCCGACUGCCAUUUCCUCCUCUACGUGAUUGAAGGAUCCGCCUUCGUGGGACUGAUGUCACCUGUCGGGAUCCCCACCAAUGCCAGGAGAAUCGAGCAAGGGGACGUGUUCGCGAUUCCCCGAGGGUGGGUGAGUUGGGCCGUCAACUGCGGAAGUUCUCGGCUGCGGGUGUUCGCAGCGUGGGACACGUCGGAGGGGCAUCACCGCGGCGAGUGCACGCACUUCCAUCUGGCCGGCGCAUCGUCGACCGCUACCGCAGCAGCGGAACAUCAGAAGGACACGGGUUCGAUUCUUCGCGGUUUCAGUAAAGAUCUGCUGGCCAAAGCGUGGGACGUUGACGUCAGCCACGUGGAGCGGCUGCUGCGGUCCCAGCACGGGAGCGCCAUUGUCAGACUGCCUUCUCGCUCAGGGACCAGCCGUGCCACGUGUCAAGAUGUUGUCAAUCAGGUUGCCGACACAUGGACGAAAACAUCGACGAUCAGUCAGCUGGCCAUGGGAUUGGGUGAUGACGUCAACGGAGAGCAGGGGCCGUCCUCCGCUUUCGGUCUCUUGCCGCUCCCUGGUGGCGAGCACGUGUACAGGCUGGACAGAUCGUCCGCUGACGUGGCGAAUAAGGGCGGGAAGCUUUGGUUGCUGAAUGUGCACCGAAUGCCAGCGCUGCGUCAGCUGGGGAUGGGCGCGUACAGACUGGUCUUGCGGCCAGGGGCGGUGGUGGGCCCGGCGUGGUCAGUGAACGCGCACCACAUCGUGUACAUCAUCAGAGGUAAGGGGCACGUCCAGAUCGCGGGUCCGGACGGGCGCAACGAGCUAGACGCGGAGGUGCGCGCAGGACAGGUGGUGGCGAUCCCGCGGUUCUUCGCGGCGUUGAAGGUCGCGUCAGAGGAGGAGCCGUUGGAAAUCAUCUCGGUGACGUCGUCGUCGAUGCCCUUGUCGUCCUUCCUCUCCGGGACGACUUCCCUGCUGAAGAACAUGCCGUUGGAUGUGGUAACCCACGCGUUCAACAUCGACAGCGAGUUGGAGGAGCACUUUAGGGAGAAAAGGAGGGAGGUCACUGCCAUCCUGCCGCAAUCGCAUUCGUCGGAGAGUCAGGACUUGUCGACAUCGUUCCUCUCCGGCUCGAGGUCCCUCUUGUAGAACAUGCCUCGUGGAGGCGGAAACCGAGGCGUUCAAUGUCGACAGGAGGUUAGGGGAGAGACAUCAGCGCCGUUGACCGCAAUUGCAAUCGGCUGAGUUGGACGGUCCGAAAAAUGUCAUAAUAGUAACAUGGAGAUGAACCACGCAAUCGACACUAACCAGUUGGAGUUGGGGAUGAGAUGUUUUUGAAAAGUCAAUGGUCGUAGAUGUAAUUCCGGUUCUGCCAUGAUCGGAGUGUCAGAAGAAUGUGUAGAAUAGGUGACGUACAGUGAACUGCGUGUAAAGAAGACAGCCAGAGCAUCGAGACGUACGGGAAUAUCUUGCUGGGCCGUAUAUGACGUCAAUUGCGGGAAGAUUCAGAAUGGUAAGAGCCCAGGUGGUAUGUAUGUGGCCUCGGUAAGUACGUAUUAUUGCGGUAAGUACUUGUUACCGCGUCAUCGUUCUCCCAGGCAGAGCUAGUCCGUGUUAGUUCCAUAUCUGCAGGAGGGAGCUCCAAUGUGCACGAAGGAUGUCAAUCGACACGUGUAUAAAGGAAUUGACACGUGACGGGAGUUGCUCUGCGGACUAAAGAGAGUAUUCGACACCAUUAGCAGAACAUUGACACGUGGCGGUAUACUAUGCGCACGAUGGAGAGCUAGGCGACACGUGUAGCGUGCGAUUGACACGUGGCUUUACAUGUUAUGAGUAAGUGACACGUUCAGUAAGAAUAAGUGGCGCACAGCCCCAGAUUCUGGAAGCUGAAACUAUUUAGGGAGGGGAGUGGGUACGUGCAUGGAGAAGGGAAUGUGAUUAGUGCCAGUGCUCAGAGGGGAGGGUUUGACACGUGUCUCCUCCUCAUGGAGACGAAGCCUUCACCACGUGGCUGCACAUCUGAGGUAGAUCGGGAAGGAUGAAGGGUCGUUGGCAUGUGUGCAGAGGCCACGUUGGAUCGUGGGCUGUCACACGUUGUUGGUGUUACAACGUGUGAUUUCAACAAGCCUAUCACAUCACGAGGGGCUGUAAACGCUUUUUGUCGGCUUGUUGGGGUCUUACUUACAGUGCGAACGCGUGCCGAUCGAAGGCAUUGAUGAGAGAGAGUCGUGAGGUAUUCUUAGCGAGCCUGAAAAGACAAUGUGCGACCAUAACCCUACGUAUCUGAUACACGAGCAAUUAUAGUACACUGAAAGACUGCUACCGUACACUGAUUGGUUAACUUUGUUCUGUUAAGGAGCAAUUGUAGUACACUGAUAUGUUAACUUAGCGGUAGCAGUCUUUCAGUGUGUGGGUUAAGGAGCAAUUAUAGCACAUUGAUUGGUUAACUACGUGGUUGCCCUUUGUUAAGGAGCAAUUAUAGUACACUGAUUGGUUAACUUAGCCAUAGCAAUCUUUCACUGUGUGGGUGAAGGAGCAAUUAUAGUACAUUGAUUAGUAACUACGUGGUUGUCCUUUGUUGAGGAGCAAUUAUAGUACACUGAUGGGUUAACUUAGCCAUAGUAAUCUUUCAGUGUGUGGGUUAGAGUCGUCUGGUUAAUAUUAGUGAGGGAAAAUGAGCUCCUUGAAAAUUGCUUCGACAGUUGUUUGCGUAUUCUCUGUGGAUUCGAGCCGUCGUGGUAUCCAAUCCACAGCUACCUGCGUGGACAGUGCUUUGCGUAAUCAUUCCUUGACUCACUUUCAACAGUCGUGGUUGUGUAGGAAUACAUAAGUGAGAGGAUGAGAUAGAUGCGUACUUCCAAGAAAGACGAAAUAGAUGAGAGAAAAAUAAAGGUCACCUUUAACC